GUUUUAGCUGAUGCUGUUGCACGCUUGGUUGUAGAUAAAUUCAGUGAUUUGACCGAAAAUUUCACAUCUCCACAUGCACGUAGAAAAGUCCUUGCUGGAAUUGUCAUGACAACAGGUACAGAUGUGAAAGAUGCCUUGGUAAUAAGUGUUUCUACAGGAACAAAAUGCAUCAAUGGUGAAUACAUGAGUGAUCGUGGUCUUGCACUAAACGAUUGCCAUGCAGAAAUUGUCUCUCGACGAUGCCUCCUUAAAUUUCUGUAUACACAACUUGAGCUUUAUCUAAGCAAUAAAGAGGAUCAGCAAAAAUCCAUUUUUAUCAAAUCGGAGCGAGGCGGGUUUAAGCUGAAGGAGAACGUGCAGUUUCAUCUCUACAUCAGCACAUCUCCUUGUGGUGACGCUAGGAUUUUCUCACCACAUGAAGCUGCACAAGAGGAUCAAGGGGACAGGCAUCCAAACCGCAAAGCGAGGGGACAGCUGAGGACAAAGAUAGAGUCUGGGGAAGGGACCAUCCCCGUGCGCUCCACUACCACUAUCCAGACGUGGGACGGCGUGUUGCAGGGGGAAAGGCUGCUCACCAUGUCCUGCAGCGACAAGAUCGCCAGGUGGAACGUAUUGGGUAUUCAAGGAGCCUUACUUAGCCUCUUUGUGGAGCCAAUUUACUUCUCUAGCAUCAUCUUGGGGAGUUUAUAUCAUGGGGAUCAUCUAUCCAGAGCCGUAUACCAGAGGAUAGCAGAGAUAGAAGAUCUACCACCUCUUUAUACACUCAACAGACCUUUACUUAGUGGUAUUAGCAAUGCAGAAGCACGUCAGCCUGGGAAAGCGCCAAACUUCAGUGUGAACUGGACGGUAGGAGACGCUGGUCUGGAAGUGAUUAACGCCACCACGGGCAAGGACGAGCUGGGGCGCGCGUCUCGCCUGUGCAAGCACGCCCUCUACAGCCGCUGGCUGCGCGUCCACGCCAAGCUUUCCUGCAGCUUGCGCUCGAAGAUCCUCAAGCCUAACCUGUACCACGACACCAAACAAGGAGCCACUGAGUAUCAAACUGCCAAAGAGUGCUUGUUUAAAGCGUUCCUGAAGGCAGGACUUGGAGCGUGGGUGGAGAAGCCCAUAGAGCAGGAUCAGUUUUCUCUCACGGUCUAAUUCACAGACUGCACAUCACUUUGGAAAAGGGGUGGUUCUGGAAAUUCCUGGUGUCCAGCAUUGCUUUCUGGCAUCUCCACAGCCAUCAAAACAUCUUUUUACCAUUUGGAGU